UGUGGCCACGUCGAAAGAAGGCGGGCUCCACCCAUCGUCCAGCUCAACCCCCUCUCGACGCGCCGCUCUUUCGUUGAGAAAGAAGCACCGGCCGGAGCAAGAAGCGCAAGGCCCGGCGUCCAAGGCCUCCCAGUCACAAGCGGCACAGUGGCGAAGGGAAGAUGUCGGACCUUGGGGACUGGUUCCGGAGCAUUCCGCUUAUCACCCGCUACUGGUUUGCAGGUUCCAUCAUGGUGCCCCUCGUCGGCAAGCUAGGCCUGAUCAGCCCCGUCUACCUCUUCCUGUGGCCCGACGCCUUCAUCAACCGCUUCCAGAUCUGGAGGCCAAUAACUGCAACAUUUUAUUUCCCUGUGGGUCAAGGGACAGGCUUUCUGUACCUGUUGAACUUAUACUUUUUGUAUCACUAUUCGUCACGUUUGGAAACAGGUGCUUUUGAUGGAAGGCCUGCCGACUAUGUGUUCAUGCUGCUGUUUAACUGGAUUUGCAUAGUUAUUACUGGCUUAGUAAUGAAUAUGCAAUUGCUGAUGAUCCCCCUAAUCAUGUCCGUACUUUAUGUUUGGGCCCAGCUGAACAGAGACAUGAUUGUGUCAUUUUGGUUUGGGACUCGGUUUAAGGCAUGCUAUCUGCCAUGGGUUAUCCUAGGAUUCAACUAUAUCAUUGGAGGCUCUAUCGUCAACGAACUGAUCGGCAAUUUGGUUGGUCAUCUGUACUUUUUCUUAAUGUUUAAAUAUCCAAUGGAUUUGGGAGGAAGAAAUUUUCUGUCAACACCUCAGUUUCUGUACAACUGGCUGCCUAACAGAAGAGGAGGGGUGUCUGGAUUUGGAGUUCCCCCAGCCAGUAUGCGAAGACCUGCAGAUAAUCGCCAGGGAGACACGAGACACAACUGGGGCCAGGGCUUUCGGCUAGGUGAUCAAUGAAAAAAAAACUUCUUGCUUUUCUUUCUUUUUCCUGUGAGGAACAUCUUCGACAAUACAUGGGAAUGUUUCUUGCUGUGGAGUGUAUUCGAGGACCAGGUUUGCUCUAGUGCUGUUGACGCUGACCCAUUAUGAAUUCUUGUUUGUUCCUGGUGGAAGACAACAUGACUGAAGGGACAGGAUAGAUUUUAUUCCAGGCCAUUAACAUGUUUAACUCACUGCUGCCAUUAAAAAAAGGAAACACACAGUUCUAAGGGUGUCCAAUACAGUGUACUUUCUAUUACUGGUCUCUUAAGUUAAUUCAUGCUUAUCCAUCGGUUUUGUAGGCCUCACCUUAUGUAAGAGCCCUACAAAAUCCAUUGUGUGGUCAAAAAGUUGUCUGAAACUGCUCUUCCUCCAGUUUGAAUUAAUAAGAGUUCAAGUCCACAGUAAUGCUAAAAAAAACAAAAACAAAAAACCACUUCAGGUAUCCACAGUUGCAUUUCUCUUUAUUUAGUCGGAAGCAACUUAAAAAAAAAAUCUCUAUGAGUGACAAGUACUGCUUAACUAAUUCAGAUUUGAUUGGUAAUGAAUUCUACCUGGAGCAAUCAAAGAAAGGAAGGAAGGGUUGACUGGAGAAUGCUAGCUUUUAAUUUGCAAGCUUACUGCAACCUCUGUACUCCCAGCAUAGCAAAUGUGGUGCAUUUUAAAUGCCCAGUUCUGUGUGCACUGACUUCGGAGCAAGUCCUAUUGAUCCUGAUUUUGAUGGGGUUUAAUCCUAUGCAUAUUUACUUGGAAGUGAGAAAAAAUGUGCUCUGUUGCCUCAAAUGUGUAACAAUGGCUUUGGUGUAUGUAUCUUGGCAUGAAGGACUGGAGAACGCUUCUCUUGCACAAGAGUGUGAGAGGACGGUCUGAAUGCAGAAAGAUCUGUUGAGCAGUUAAUGUAGAAUACCUUUUUACAGAACGGAAAAAACAACAGGAAUCAGACAGUUGAGCUUAAUAAAACAGAUGCUAACUUCCUCCAGCAUUUUUCAUUUUUGAAUGAGCACAUAAAUAUGUAGUAAUCUUUGAUGGAAGAUGAUUAGUUGUCAUGUAAGAAACUCGGGUAAUGUCAUAACACAUGUGGAGCUACUGACAGGGUGAUGUUGGAGAACGUUGCCAGAUGUGCUGUGAUGGGAGAAUCAUACUCCCCUUUGUUUUUUUAAAUGAUUGGCCUUCUCUAGAACUGAUUGAGUUGCUUUGACUUAAUGUUAGACAACAAGACCCACUAUGAAAAUCCAAGGAGCGUUACAGCAUCUUGUCCCCCAUCCCCUUAUUACACAAGCAUAAUUGUCUACAGUCCACCUCUAAAAUAGGGGUACAAAUGAACGUUCAUUCAGCUCUGCUAGGAAAUGAUGUCUCCAAAAAAUGGGAAGUGCUAUAUUCAUAAUUAUGAAUGCUUUAUUUGCCACUCGCAAUUUCUCCAUACUCUGCAGGCUCUUCCAAAUCAGUGACUGGUUUGGUAAACUGGGACGAUGGAGUGAUUUUACGGUUGUCUGCAAUGAGUUCACAAUCCCUUUAUAGUCUCUGAGGAAAGCAGACCCUUGUGAUUAUGUUUCCAAUAGUGCAGUAAUAUGUAGAUAAAAGACUUAUUAAGCACCAAUUUCUUGGUACUUUAUCACUCUUGCCUUGGUUUUUAUUUAUAUCUAAUAAGAUGACAGAAGACCCAGAUAAUGCUACUUGUCACUACUUCUGGUUUUUUUUUUUUUUUUUAAUGUAGGAACAGAGUUUUCUGAAUGUCAUUGGGUAGUAUCUGUGGUUCUAUGAGUUGUCAUCCAAAAGAGGAAAAAUACAAAGAGGACAGAAUGAUGUGCAGACCUCAAACGUUGAUUGCUCAGAUCCUACUGCCAAAGAACCAAGCAACUGUUUUAAAUAAACUUUUUUUGGGUGUUGCUAUGCAAAUUAGAAAGCAGUUGUGGGCUUGUAUAGCUUUUUUUUCGUCAUUUAAUGCUGUUGCUUUAGAUGUUAACGGAAGAAACAUACGGUUGAAAUUAUUUUGGUCAAACCUGGCCUAUUUGUAAAGCAAAAACUCAGCUGUACGAUCUAGAAUGCAUGGCAGGCAAAACCCAGGACAAAUCCAUUGCUGCGUUUCGAGGAAAAAAAUAUUGGUCGACUCGCACAAAGCUAAGUUUCUCACACAUGCUGCAUCUUCGCAGCUUUAAGAACAUGGUUAUAUAUUAAAGGCUGGUGGUUGCUUCCUUAUGUAGGUGAUUAAUGGGAUUGUAUAUGUCAUCUUUCUAAAUAAAAAAGUGGAAGGAGAAGUCUAGUUUAGAACAGUUGCCCCAGUCAUGCUGGUAUUUUACUGAUAGAAAUCCUUUGCCUUCGGAGGAGGAAAAAAACAAUCUCCAAAUGAAAUUUUCCCCCUGUUGGAAAGAGUUAUUCUGAUAGUUCUUCAGAAUGGUAUGGCUUGGAUUUGAAUGAAGGAUCCUUCACCUGGACCCUUCUGUCAGAUCCCUACGGAGGCAUGUUUCUUCUGGAGAACUACAAGGGUGUAGCCAUUAAAGCCAGCAUGAGUGGCUUCUUCCAUGAAGCACGGCACUCAAAUAAACAAAUAAAUCAUUGUUUCUCUUGUCUUCCCAGCAUUGCUCACUGCCAAAGAGCCAGAGUGGGUUAUGAUGAACAGAACAGCAACUUAGCUCUUCCAAUUUUGGGGAACGGUUCAUGCCAAUCUACAUUCCUUGGUUGCAGGAACUUAAGAGAUCAAUUCCUAAUGUAGGAGUUCCAGCCUUACAAGCAUAAAGAAGAAGGAAAUGGGGGCAAAGUUUGCUCGUUUAUCUCUGAACAACUUCAGGUAUUCAAGGACAGAUAGAUAACCUGCUACCUUGUAGCAGGUUAUUCUGUAUGUGGGAAUGCCUUGAUAGCGAGUUGAGCUGUAUGUGCAACUUGCAGUGGUUCAGGUGGGCGAGGGAAGGCAGUCCGUUCUAUCCUCAGAAUUGGAUUUGGCUCUUUGCAUCUCCACAUCAACACUUCUGUGCACAUGGAAAUCCUAUCUUUUAAGGAGGGAGCAUCUCUCUACAUUUUUCUUGAUAUGCUGGUUUUCCAGGAGCAGUUGUUUCAUUCAAAAAGUGGUCUGCAACAGUCACAUCAUAUUGCUUUCCUAAAUGUAAUUCACUCUUACGACCCUUCAGCAUUGCUUUGUUCACCUGAAGCACUUUACCCCCGGUUUUAAGUUGAUACUGUCAAGGGCAGAUUCUGUUGCGAAACAGGUACCUCUAUUCUUUUGUAUAGACAACUUCUCUUUUUGUAACUAAAUUCUUUUUUGUUCUUGUCAUGGGUAAAGUUUUAAAUUAAAGCUGUAAAACUAUA